CGCACCGGAACGCGAUCUCCCACGAGGCUGCAACACGCACCAGACAUGGCCGCCGUAACUGAGAGAGAGGUGAGGUGAGCGCACCUCGCUACCCAUCAACCGCCAUGGCCUCGCACUACUGAGGCAGUUCUGGUGGUAUCCGAGCCGUAGAUCCGAAUCCGGAUGGGACCAACAACAACUAGAACUCGCAUGAGAAGCGGAAGGAGUGCUUGUCUGUUGUUGAGGCAGCCAGGGGCUGGUGUUUCCUUCCCUCCGGCCACGGCGAAAAUUCAGUGCCUUACCCUUCAAUGGCCUUUUGGAGGGCAAAACGAUGCACAUACGGUUUAAAGGAAGGAAGGUGGGCUCUCGUCGCAGCCCACAGCUUCCCUGGGAACAACGAGCACAAAACAACAUUUGUUAGCGUGCGCCUUGCCCGGCCAACUCUACACGCCCGUUGCCAUUCGAGCCUUCCGCCUCGGCCAUCGGCAGCCAUGCCGCACAUUCUUUGUGUGGCGGAGAAGCCCUCCAUUUCGAAAGCAGUUGCCGGUCAUCUCUCGGGAGGUCAUUACCAAACUACCAACACACGUGAUGCUUAUAUAAAAAACUACACGUUCGACUUUGACUUCGGCCCGCCAUGGGGUCGCUGCUCAGUAACCAUGACCGCCGUCAAGGGCCAUCUGACCGCCCUCGAAUUCCCACCAGACUUCAAGCAGUGGGAGUACCCGCCCCCCGACCGCCUGUUCGACGCUCCCGUGCAGACGGUAAUCCCGACUGAUAACAAGCACAUCGCCAAGAACAUCGAGGACCAGGCCAGACGCGCCAGUGCGCUCGUGAUCUGGACCGAUUGCGAUCGCGAAGGGGAGCAUAUUGGCAGCGAGAUCCGGGACGCAGCGAGAAAGGGCAACGGCCAGAUUCAAAUCAAGCGCGCCCGCUUCAGCAAUGUUGAGAGAGCCCACAUUCUGUCGGCCGCUCGCCGGCUGAUCGCCCUCGACGAAAAGCAAGUAGACGCCGUUUCUGCGCGCAUCGAGCUCGACUUGAGGAUCGGCUACGCCUUCACUCGUUUCUUGACCUUGAAUCUCCGCCCCCUUGGAGGGCCCAUGUCGAACCUCACGAUUAGCUACGGAUCCUGCCAGUUCCCGACCCUCGGCUUCGUUGUGGACCGCUACUUCCGCGUCAAGAACUUUGUCCCUGAGGCCUUUUGGGGGAUCAAGAUGAUGCAUGAAAGGGAUGGCAUCAAAGUCAAUUUCAACUGGGCCAGGCAUCGUCUGUUUGACCGCAUGGCGGUUGUCAUCCUCUACGAGAGAUGCCUCGCAGCCAGGACCGCAAAAGUUACCAAAGUGCAGGAGAGGCCGACGAAAAAGUGGAAGCCACUUCCUCUCACGACGGUCGAGCUGCAAAAGAUGGCCACCCGCUUCCUUCGCAUGAGCGGUCAGCAAGCCAUGACGGUGGCCGAGAAGUUAUACAACAAGGGGUUCAUCAGCUAUCCCCGUACCGAGACCGACCGGUUCGACAAGGGAAUGGACCUCCGUGCUCUCGUGAGAAAACAAAUCCAAGACAACAGAUGGGGCCAGUUCGCCCAGAAUCUGGUAGACGGCGGCUUCCAGCAGCCCCGAGAAGGCAGACACGAUGACAAGGCCCACCCACCCAUCCACCCCAUCACCUACGCGGCCCCAACCGUCCUCGACGACGGCGAAAGGCGAGUCUACGAGCUCAUCACGCGGCGCUUCCUGGCCUGCUGCUCCCAAGACGCCCAGGGCAUGGCGACCGACGUCGAGGUCCUCUAUGGCGACGAGACGUUCGCCGCGCACGGCGUCAUCGUCCUCGCCCGCAACUACCUCGACGUCUAUCCGUACGAAAACUGGACGGGCACGGCCGAGCUGCCCAAGUUCACUCUCGGCGAGCGCUUUGAGCCCACCGAGGCCAUGGUCACCGAAGGCAAGACUAGCCCGCCGGGCUACCUGACUGAGGCCGAUCUGAUCGCGCUCAUGGACGCCAACGGUAUCGGCACCGAUGCCACCAUGGCAGAGCACAUUGAGAAGAUCCAGGAGCGGCAGUACGUGCGGACGGUGGAACGCGGCGGCAACCCGGCCGGCGGAGACGCCAAUGACGACGAGGACGACAACACAGAGGCGCCCGCGGCGCGGGGAGGACGCGGGCGCGGACGGGGGAGGGGGCGCGGCGGUCGGGGGGGCGGACGAGGAGGGCGUGGGGGAGGGCGAGGGGGAGGGGGCGUGCGGGAGUUUAUCCCGACCAGCCUGGGGGUUGCGCUGAUCGAGGGGUUCGACCGGAUGCGCUUCGAGACGAGUCUUGGCAAACCGUUUCUGCGCAAAGAGAUGGAGCUCAAGAUGAAGGCCAUCUGCGAGGGCCGCACCACCAAGCAGGUCGUCUUGCACGAGAGCCUGUCCGAGUAUCGGCGGGUCUACGACCAAUCCCGCGCCGAGCUCAACACCCUCAAGGCAGCUUGCAGACAGUAUGUCUUCCAAAACGGAGCAUGACGAGCCAGUCUCUCAUGCAGUUGGCAAGCGGCAUCGGGGCGGCCUGAACCUGCAUUUGCAUAUGUGGCUGCGAAAAUGCGGGGAGCGUGGCUCCCUCCUCUGCCCGAACUGUCCGCCUGAGCCAAUGU